AUGCUCCGAUUAUGGCAAAAUCGGGCAUCGGGAAGGAUUCUGUGCAAGUGCGAAGUCGCGGAGAUCAUCAAAGAAUCGAAAAAGUACACAGUAUCCAGCAAAAUUAUAACAGUGAAUGUUUGUGGCGUCGAAACACACAGGUUCGUUCCAGUAUCGUUCCCCGGAGAAAACAUUUCCGAGCUGUUCAGUGAAAAGAUUGGCCUGUGCCAAAAGACUAAAAUAAACCUGGAACUGAAAGAACAGCGCAAACCAGUUUUCUGCCCGAAACGUCCUGUUGCGUAUGCAAUGCUAGACGCUGUGAAUCAAGAGCUCGACGGUCUCGAGCAGUUGAAUAUCAUUUCGCCGGUGGAUUAUUCGGAGUGGGCCGCUCCGAUAGUGGUAGUACGCAAGGCAAACGGUUCGAUUUUGAUCUGCGGAGACUAUUUGACGUUAGCCAAGCUGGCUAACUGCGAGCUAUUCAGCCAGAUUGAUCUCUCCGAUGCUUUCCUGCAGGUGGAAAUUGAUGAAGCAAGCCGCGGUGUAAAGAUCGCUCCAGGAGCAUUCCAGCAGCUCAUCGACACGAUACUCACCGGUCUCAAGGGAACAUCCGGCUAUAUGAACGACAUCGUAGUCGAUGGUGCAAACGAAGAGGAGCACGAUCGUAAUCUGAAAGCGGUCCUACAGCGCAUUGAAGAUUUUGGAUUUACGAUCUGA